AUGACAGACAAUCCGGAGCUUGAAUCGUUCCGUCGCCAGUGGCGCGAAGAGGUUUCUGGUCGAUCUGAACCUAGAGGUACCCCUCAAUCUGAGACUCGGGACCCGCACCCGACUCGAUUCCUUCCAAGUCAACAUGCGGCGUCUCACCGCAAGGACCUUGAAGAAGAGGGAGCCCCGCCGGCAUCCUUUGAUACCGAGGACCUUGCCCAACAGGUCGGGCAACUGAGUGUGGAACCAGAGAAGGCUCAUGAAGAGGAUGUGUUUACUCGAAAGGAUCGUCAUGAACCUAGCUCCGCCUUGGAACAUUUUGAGCGGGCAGUGGAGAAGGAAGCAGCGGGCAAACUUGGUGAUAGUCUACAGGACUACCGGAAAGCUUACCGGCUUGAUGCUAGUGUAGACCAGACUUAUCGCAACAAGCACUUUGCGCAUGUGUGGAAGAAGCCUGCGCAGCCGGCGCCAAGCGGAUCAGAGACAGUGCCUGUGCCGGUGCCAGCCCCUUCUCAAGUCGAGUUGUUGCCCAUAAACGAAUUGAUCGAAUCAUUCGCCAAUUCUCCUAUCCCACAAGCGGAACCUGCUAUUGAGAAUACUCCACCACCGCCGUGCCCUAUCGCGAAUUUGCCGUCCGAGGUUAUAGUGGAACUCCUACGACAUAUGAGCUUGCGCGACCCUGCCACUUUUGGUCGGAUGGCCCUGGUUUGCAAGAGAUUUGCAUACUAUUUUUUGCGGGAACAACACAUUUGGAAAGGAAUUUGUCAAAAUCCCGAGUUUGGCUUUGCCGGGAUGCACUAUACAUACGCCUGUGAUCUCUAUGGAAAUCCUAUCUAUACCCUCAACUGCACAAGAUACACACCAUUUCCAAAGGGAGUCUCUUUGGAGAUCCCCAAGCCGCUGGCUUCGUGGAGUCAAGUAUUCCAGUCUUAUCCACGAAUCCGGUUUACUGGAAUCUAUAUAAGCACAGUCAACUACACCAGGCCGGGUGCCCAGUCAACAUAUCAAACUGUGUCUUGGAACACCCCCAUUCAUAUUGUGACUUAUUAUCGCUACUUGCGAUUCUACCCCGAUGGAACUGUGGUUUCUUUGCUCUCAACAACCGAGCCAGUAGAUGUGGUGCCCCACAUCAGCAAGGAAAACAUUAAGACUGCUCGGGCUACCUCACACAAACAGCAUCAGCGCCGGCUUUCCGAGCAAGGCCAGUCUUUGUCUGGUGCAGCUGAUCCUAUACCGCCUGUUGCGAUGAACGCCCUUAAACAUGGGCAUCGUGGACGCUGGCGCCUGACAUCCCCCGUGCCUCUUCCCGAUGAGGAAAAUCAAACUGCCGAAGGUCUUAACCAGACCCCGGAGUCUUCAGACCCACGGGAUAUUUUCAUUGAAACCGAGGGCGUAGAAUCGAAGUACACUUACCUUAUGCACUUGUCCUUACGAUCGACAUCGGCAUCCAAGUCUCAGUCGAACCAGUCCAAAAAUACAAAAUUGAUUUGGAGAGGUUUUUGGAACUACAACAAGCUCACUGAUGACCUGGGUGAGUUUGGUCUUCGCAAUGACCGUGCCUAUGUCUUUAGCCGUGUGCGAGGCUGGGGCCUUGAGAGCAAGUGA